CACCGGUGUCUUUUCCUGCAGAGUUACGUAUGGCUGGAGCCGCGGAUCAUGAUCGGUCUGUUUCCCGUAGGCAAACGGGAGGCAGGUUUAGGCCGGCGCUUAAGGCGUUGGUGAAGACGUUCAUCACCAGCUUACCACAAGAACUGAAAAAGUGAAGUGCUCUGCUCGUCCCUUUUUCCUCC